AUUUCAUAUCUUUAUAUACCCCUCACAUGCAAUUUGUUUAUUAGUCAUUUGCUAGUCCAAUACUAUAUCUUAUAAUUUUAACCAAUCAAAAAUGAUUUUUAUUGAACCACAAGUUAUAUGCAAGAAGCAUCAAGAUCAUAAGCAAAAUCAUGGAGUUUGUUCUUGUUGCCUUAGGGAAAGACUCAUUAAGCUUUCUACUAAUUCAACAACAACAAUAAUGGCAACUUCUUCAUCAUCUUCCUCUAAAUCUUCUACCACUUGUGGUUCUCCACGUGGACAUCGUCGGAUCAAUUCCGAUGUUGUGGGGCCCUUUUCUUUCAUCGGGACCGGUGCCGGAGGAGGUUUGAAGAAGAGUAGAUCCAUAACUUUUGUUGCAAGAUCAUGUGGAGUAUUGAAUGAGCAAAAGAAGAAAGAAGGGUUUUGGUCAAAGCUAAUAAAGUCAACGGGUAAAAGAUCCAAAAGGGUUCUUGUAUAUUGAUCAUAAAAGAUUUAACUUAGAUAUAUGUUGUCAGUGUAAAAGAUUUUGAUAUACUUGAUAAAUUUGUACCAAGUGUGACAAGUUUGAUAUUAUCGUCGAUUUAUAACAUAUCUAUUAUUCUAUUUA